UUAAUGCAGUGUUCUCUGCUUUCUCAAGGCUGCAGAUAAGCAUCAGUGCAGCACUUUGAAGGCUGUGGUCUCCGUCAGUAUGCCGUGCUUCUCGUCGUCUGUGAGGCUCACCUCCAGCAUUCGUAGGUACAUCAGCGUGCCACGCUUCCCACACUCAUGUCCAGCGCUGCUACAAAAUCACAUCUAUCAUCACAGGUGUAGCAGUAUGGCAGUGAAUAAGAGCACAUCGUCCUGCAGCUAUGUUAUUGUUGGAGCUGGAUCUGCAGGUUGCGUUCUGGCCAACCGUCUGUCAGAGAAUGCGUCCGAUUCGGUGCUCCUUCUGGAAGCCGGACCCAAAGACAAGCAGCUGGGAAGCACCCGUCUGUCCUGGAAGAUCCACAUGCCCGCCGCUCUGACCUAUAACCUCUGUGAUGACAAGUAUAACUGGUAUUACCAUACAUUACCUCAGGCACACAUGGAUGACAGGGUGAUGUACUGGCCGCGCGGCCGCGUUUGGGGCGGAUCGUCGUCGCUCAAUGCCAUGGUGUACAUUCGGGGCCACGCAGAGGACUACAACCGCUGGCAGAGGGAGGGAGCUGAAGGCUGGGACUACGAUCACUGUCUGCCAUACUUCCGAAAGGCCCAGACGCAUGAGCUCGGAGCAGACCGAUACCGAGGGGGCAACGGCCCGCUGCAUGUGACGCGAGGAAAGACCGAUCACCCUCUGCACCACGCGUUCAUCAAAGCGGGCCAGCAGGCUGGAUACCCCUUCACAGAUGAUAUGAAUGGAUUCCAGCAGGAAGGAGUGGGCUGGAUGGAUAUGACCAUCCACAGAGGUAAGCGAUGGAGCACAGCUAGCGCUUACCUUCGGCCUGCGCUGUCCAGACCCAACCUGAGAACAGAAGUGCGCUGCAUGGUGACCCGUAUCCUGUUUGAUGGGACGCGUGCGCGAGGGGUGGAGUACCAGCAGGAUGGACAGACGAAAAAGGUGUUUGCUGAUAAGGAGGUCAUUCUCAGCGGUGGAGCCAUAAACUCUCCGCAGCUCCUCCUGCUGUCUGGAGUGGGAAAUGCAGAUGAGCUUCGCAAACACGAUAUUCCGGUGACACAGCAUCUCCCAGGUGUGGGCAUGAAUCUUCAGGACCAUCUGGAGCUGUAUGUGCAGCAUCGCUGUACUCAACCCAUCACUCUGUACAAAGCCCAGAAGCCCUUCCAUAUGCUGAAGAUCGGCCUGGAAUGGCUUCUCAAAUUCACAGGUUACGGUGCUACGGCUCAUCUGGAGAGCGGCGGUUUCAUCCGCAGUCGUCCCGGCGUUCCUCAUCCUGAUAUUCAGUUCCACUUCCUGCCCUCUCAGGUCAUCGAUCACGGCCGCGUUAAAUCCAAGAUUGAGGCCUUCCAGGUUCAUGUUGGACCCAUGAGGAGCACGAGUGUUGGGUGGAUCAAACUCAAGAGUAAAGACCCAAAGGCCCACCCGAUCAUCCAGCCUAACUACCUUUCCACCGACGCUGACGUGUGGGAGUUCAGAGAGAGCGUUAAGCUCACGCGGGAAAUCUUCGCUCAAGAAGCCUUCGACCCGUUCCGGGGCCCCGAGGUGCUGCCCGGCCCCGCCGUCCAAUCUGACGCGGAGAUCGACGCUUUCGUUCGGCAGAAGGCGGACAGCGCUUACCACCCCUCCUGCACGUGUAAGAUGGGCAGCGCCGCGGACAGCAUGGCGGUGGUGGGUCCGGAUCUGCGCGUGUACGGUGUGGAGGGGCUGAGGGUGGUGGACGCCUCCGUCAUGCCCAGCAUGCUCAGCGGGAACUUGAACGCCCCGACCAUAAUGAUCGCAGAGAAGGCGGCGGACGCCAUUAAAGGGAUUCCCUCCCUUCACGACCCUGGAGUUCCUGUGUACCGGCCCACGAGUCUCGACACGCAGAGAUGAGACCUGAGAAUGCUUCAGAUGGGAGCCGUGCCUGCGGGUUUAAUUCUGCCACAUGAUCUAACCACUCUUCAAUCUCAGGCAGCUUAGCUUUAUCCUAAAAACAGUGACCGAUAUCCUAAAUUCAGAUGUAUGCUAUAAAGAGGGAUAAUUGCUGACACGUUUAUAUCAUGUGAUGUGUAUUCAUACGACCAUAACAACACAUAAAGGCAAAUCUCUUGUUUUUCUCCUCAAAAUCAGAACAUGAAGCCUGUUUUUAGGGCCAUGCAGAUUUGUUGUCUUAUUUUUGAGACGUGUCUUAAAGUUGAGUCUCAUUUCUGUAGUGCAUUAAAACAAAUGGUAACAGCUUACGAUAACAUUUCAUUAGUUAACAUGAACUAACAAUGAACACUAGCAUAUCUAGUAAUAACACUAUCUCAUAGCAACCACUCAGAACAACCCAGCAACCACAUAGCAACCACCUAGAACACCAUGUCAACUGUCUAGCAACCACACAAAUCACCUUGGCAACAUCCUAGCAACCGCAUAGCAACAUUCUAGCAACCACCCAGGACACCUUAGCAACCACAUAGCAACACCUUAGCAAUCACCCCAAGUACCCUAGCAACUGCAUAGCAACACCUUACUAACCACCCCGAGUACCUUAGCAACUGAAUAGCAACACCUUAGCAACCACCCUGAUUACCCUCGUAACCGCAUAGCAACACCUUAGCAACCACCCAGGGUACCCUAACCGUGUAGCAACACUCUAGAAACCACCCAGAAUACCUUAGCAACCACAUAGCAACACCUUAGCAACCACCUUGAGUACCCUGACUCUAUCUAUCUAUCUAAAAACUACUUAACUAAAAAUUUAAUUUUCAAACUGAAAACUCUCAAACUUCAAAUUUUUAAAACUACUUCAAACUUUCUUGACCAGCUUUUUCAAGCCAACUUAAAAUUUGUCUCGACUAACUUUUUUGUCUAGUUUUAUAUUACAGUGCAUUGCAGUAAUACAGCUCAGAACAAUACAAAAAACCUUAAGGGUUCUGAAAUGGGUUUAACUGCCUUCAAAUUAUUAGUAGUUUUGAUUUUGAGGUGAAAUAUGACCAGACGUGAUCUUGAUAAUUUUCAUAAGUGUCUUAAUGAAACUGUAGUGCAUUUCCACAUGAUCAGCAUGACAGAAUUAUGAGUGAAUGAAACCUUUCAGCUGCUGAGCCUAACAACAGGAACCAAGUGUAUGUGAAAAUAACUCUGUAAUGUUUACAAAGUGUAGAAGAGAGAACUUUUACAUGUCAUCUGUGUACUUCAUACUGUUACAAUGGGUUUUAAAACACUAUUAAAUUAGAUUAAAGUUGAUUAAGAAAAACACUAAUUUUAAAAGAUGGAAAACACAUGUAAUCACUACAACAAAAUGUCUUAAAUCAAAAACAAUAAAACGAUCUCCUGGAAGUCUCCUGA